GCCGCUGCCCGAAUCAGUGGGAGGAAGAUGGCGGCGCUCAUCCCCCUCAGCCAGCAGUUUUCUACUGGGAAUCCAUUAUAUGAAACUUAUUACAAACAGGUAGAUCCAACAUAUACGGGGAGAGUUGGGGCAAGUGAAGCUGCGCUGUUUCUUAAAAAAUCCGGUCUUUCUGAUAUUAUCCUUGGAAAAAUAUGGGAUUUGGCUGACCCGGAGGGUAAAGGAUACUUGGAUAAACAGGGUUUCUAUGUCGCGUUGCGCCUUGUAGCAUGUGCGCAGAAUGGCCAUGAUGUUAACCUGAGCAGUCUGAACUUGACUGUGCCACCUCCUAAAUUUCAUGACACUAGCAGUCCUUUGCUGAUCACACCACCUUCAACAGAGACUCACUGGGCUGUUAGGGUGGAAGAAAAAGCAAAGUUUGAUGGUAUUUUUGAAAGCCUUUUGCCAGUAAAUGGUUUACUUUCAGGAGACAAAGUAAAACCAGUACUGAUGAAUUCAAAGCUACCUCUUGACAUCCUAGGAAGGGUCUGGGAUCUCAGUGAUAUUGAUAAAGAUGGUCACCUGGACAAGGAUGAAUUUGCUGUGGCAAUGCAUUUGGUUUAUAGAGCUCUUGAGAAAGAGCCGGUUCCUUCACUAUUACCCCCUUCUCUCAUACCACCUUCUAAAAGAAAGAAGACACCUGUCUUCCCUGGUGCAGUUCCUGUUCUCCCUGCAAGUCCUCCACCAAAAGAUAGCCUCCGUUCUACCCCAUCUCAUGGUAGUGUCAACAGUCUGAACAGCACAGGGAGUUUGUCUCCCAAGCACAGCAUCAAACAAGCACAGCCAUCUGUGAAUUGGGUAGUACCAAUGUCUGAAAAAGUGCGAUACGACGAAAUUUUCUUAAAAACAGACACAGACAUGGAUGGUUUUGUGAGUGGUCAAGAAGUAAAGGACAUUUUUAUGCAUUCAGGUCUGUCUCAGAAUCUCCUAGCACAUAUAUGGGCUUUGGCAGACACAAGACAGAUGGGAAAGCUAAGCAAAGAUCAGUUUGCACUAGCAAUGUAUCUCAUUCAACAGAAGGUCAGUAAAGGGAUUGAUCCUCCACAAGUGUUGUCCCCAGAUAUGAUCCCUCCCACAGAGAGGAACACUCCCAUACAGACUCUGUCAGGUUACUUGACCCCUGUAGGAACUGAGAUCUCAGCACUAACAGAAAUGCGUCGUGAUAGUUCAAGUUCCGUUGGAUCAGGAGAAUUUACAGGGGUGAAGGAACUGGAUGAUAUUAGUCAAGAAAUUGCACAGCUGCAGAGAGAAAAAUAUGCGCUAGAGCAGGACAUUAGGGAAAAGGAAGAAUCAAUCAGACAGAAAACCAAUGAAGUUCAGGAACUGCAAAAUGAUUUAGAUAGGGAGACAAGUAACUUGCAAGAGCUAGAGGCUCAGAAACAAGAUGCCCAAGACCGCCUGGAUGAAAUGGACCAGCAGAAAGCCAAACUGAAAGAUAUGCUGAAUGAUGUAAGGCAGAAAUGCCAGGAAGAAACACAGGUGGUGAGUAUUUCAUCACUAAAAAUGCAGAUUCAAUCUCAGGAAUCAGAUUUAAAAUUACAGGAAGAUGACCUUAAUAGAGCAAAAGCAGAGCUGAAUCGCCUGCAGCAAGAAGAGACUCAGCUAGAGCAGAGCAUCCAGGCUGGAAAAGUGCAGCUUGAAACAAUAAUCAAAUCUUUAAAAUCAACACAGGAAGAAAUAAACCAGGCAAGAAGUAAACUUUCUCAACUUCAAGAGAGUCAUCAAGAAGUCAAUAAGAGUGUAGAAGAAUAUAAUGAAGCUCUCAAUGGGAUUCACGGUGGUAGUCUGACAAAUUUAGCAGACAUAAGUGAAGGCCUUGGGCAGACGGAAAGAAGCAAUUAUGGAGCUAUGGAUGAUCCAUUUAAGAAUAAAGCCUUGAUGUUUACCAAUAAUACACAAGAAUUGCAUACAGACCCAUUCCAGUCAGAAGAUCCUUUCAAAUCUGAUCCAUUUAAGGGAGCAGACCCUUUCAAAGGCAGUGACCCAUUCCAGCAUGAUCCUUUUGCAGAACAGCCACCUGCUCCAGCAGAUCCAUUUGGAGGUGAUCCAUUUAAGGAAAGUGACCCAUUUCGUAGUUCUGCCCCUGAGGAUUUCUUCAAGAAACAGGUGAAGAGUGACCCAUUUACCUCAGAUCCAUUCACAAAACCUCCCACUUUACCCUCAAAGCCUGACCCUUUUGAAAGCAGUGAUCCUUUUACGUCUUCCAGUAUCUCUUCAAAAGGUCCAGAUCCAUUUGGAACACUGGAUCCAUUUGGAAGUGGUGCUUUCAGUAGUGGUGAGGGAUUUGCAGACUUCAGUCAGAUGUCAAAGUCAGUAGCUUCAGACCCCUUCGCCUCCUCUUUUGGAGGGAUGGGAUUCUCAGAUGACCCUUUCAAAAGCAAAUCAGACACACCAGCGUUACCACCGAAGAAAAAUGUACCUCCAAGACCCAAGCCACCCAGUGGUAAAAGUACUCCUGUAAGCCACCUUGGGUCUUCAGAUUUUCCCAAGCCCCAUGAUCCUUUCCAGCCAUUUGGGGCUGACAGCAGUGACCCGUUUCAAAGUAAAAAGGGGUUUGGGGACCCAUUUAGUGGAAAAGAUCCAUUUGCUCCCUCCUCUUCAAGUAAAACUUCUAAAGACUCUUCCUUGGGGUUUGCAGACUUCAGCUCUUUUGGAAAUGAAGAACAGCAGCUGGCAUGGGCAAAGCGUGAGAGUGAAAAAGCAGAGCAAGAACGACUAGCUCGAUUGCGGAGACAAGAACAAGAAGACCUUGAGUUGGCUAUUGCACUCAGUAAGGCUGAUAUGCCAAGCUCUUAAAUAGCGGUUCUUUGGCUCCACCCUGUCCAAGUGAAACCUUUAAACAUGGCUUUUAUAAAAAUACUAAAUUCUUGGUUUAUGUUGUGAAAAUAAUUUUGGUCACCUUCAACUCUAAACAAGACUGGCUGGUUACGUCAAACUGGGCUCUGUGUGGCUUUUCAAGUGCAUAAUAUGCAGGAAACACUGUAUAAGCUGUAUUAUAUGUUCUAGAUAAAAUUUACUGCUUGUAAGAAAUUUAACGUAUGAUCCUAAGAUACUGAAAGCAAAGUUUCUUUAUCUGGAAGACAAUGUUGCAUAUAGUAAACUGCAACUUGUGAAUCUGGCUUUUUAUUACCCGAAUUCCAUUGGUUUUUUGAGGCUGCAGUAUGAAUUUCAAAGAAAAUGUCAUAAAAAGAUAAUAUUUAUAGAAUUAGCUUUCACUUGUUACAUUUAUUUAAUAAUUCAUGGUAGGCUAAUCAGUGUGUCAUCUGCGUCAUCUAUGUCAAAGUCUUCAGCAUAAAUUCAUUAUUAGAUGGCCCCUUUUUAUCCAGGAGAUGUGGCUUUUACAAAAGAAUCUGUCAAUUUAUAUAUAAUGAAUACAAACAUAGUGAACUGUAUAAAAUAUUAUGAAUUUGAAGCCUUUACGAAUGAGUAAUUCCUCUAACGUAAACAUUUUUUUUGCAUUGAGUUUUAAUAAUUGUAUGGCGAUAUUGUAAAAGAGGGAGUUAAUUCAGUUGUAGUAAAUUGGACAAAUAAUUUGGCAAUUAAAUCAUUAGGUAAAAUCUUGCUUUAUCUCAUAAGCCACUAUGAUUGCAGGAUUGUGAUACAAGUUUGAGUGCUUUCAUGUAAAAUCAAGCAAUGGAAAACUUACUAAGCUCGUGGAGUGUUUGUCCCUACAACUCAUUUUGCCCUCUUUUGCUCCAACCGCCAGAACAUAGGCUGUAUUAUUUGUGUCACCCGAUUGACUGUGUGAGACAGUCCCUACCUCUCUUUCUUUACCUCCACCUAUCUUAUAUUAUGGGGUUACAGAUCAAACUUAAUUUAGCUGAAAGAAGGCCAAGUUGAAACAGAUUUUAUUUGCCAAAUACAUGUUCAUGCAUAAGUUAUAGAAGUACUGGUAGACUGGAUUGGCUUUAAAAUACAGCUUGCAGUAGUAAGUCCAAGUAGGAACAGAUUUUAUAUAUACCUGUAGAACUCAAUACUUCCACCUGGUAAGGAUAACAGAAUGAGUUUUACAUGUCAUACAUAAAAUAAGUCCUUAUGAUAAGUCUGUGAAUUAUUUACUUACUAGAAAUGCCUUUUCUGAUUACAGGAAAUCUAAAACUUCAGUUGUCUUUGCCUUGGACGUUUAUGUCUAAAUAGAGUAGGCAUCUAGCACAAAAUUUUUAAAAUGUCCUUAAUGUAUAUCUGCUUUCCUAUCCUUGGUUCUGUAGGAAUACGAAGCUUAACAUUCUGUGGUUUUACUGAUGCAGCCCUUAUCUUACAACAUUUUCUCUUUUUUUUUUUUUUUAAUGUGGUAUUCCUUCAUCAUCUUUAAUGCAUUUAUAUUCUUUAUGUUCUUGCUUCCUUACUUUUAUUUUUCAUAAUACAAUGAUAGUGCCUGUUUGCUGAAUGAAAACAAUCUUUCCCCAUUCUGUUGUAAUUGCCUUAUUCUGGAUGCUUUCCUUACACAGAGACAAGAAUCAGAUUGGAUCAUUUUAAUCUUCUUAGUAGCUUUCAGCUCUGAAAUGCAGCUAAGAUGCGGCAUUUGUUGUCUCAGGCUUUUGUGAGUAGGUAUAUGGGCGAGUGCGUGUCCACGUAUGUACAUACACACACACGCCUGCAUAUCCAUCCAUUUACAUAUGCAGCAAUACAUAUGACAAAACUGAAAGCCCGUAUCUCAGAACGCAGUUUUAGGAGUCACACUUCCCUGUUUGUUGUUUGUCUCCUGUGCUAAUGGUACUACAAAUAAUGGGAAUCUUUAAUUCCCCUCAGCAGGGGAGAAGGUGCAUUCUAGUGUCAAAAACAACAAUAUAAUGAUCUUUAAUAGUGACUUUUAAUGACCCCUUUGGAAUGCAGUAGAAGGUAUUUCUAAUUUUACAGAACCUGAUUUGAAAUCCCUUCCCAUUGUGGUAAUUUUUCUCUAAAAUACGUUAGAUUAAAUGAUCGAGCAUACUAAAAUGUCAACAAAUUCUCUUUUCUGUUGGUGUGCAGGACUUGAAGUCUCUGAGAGCAAACUUGGGUCUGUCUAUAGCUAACAUGAGAGAAAGCUUUUGCUGUGAAAGAGCAAUUUUCAAAAUUGAAUGGCUGCAGGAUUCUCAGUGAAGUUAAAUUGUAUUCAUGUGUAAGAUUCUCCUUUUCAUUUGGACCUGAGUCUCUGUGGUGUCUCUUCUGCUGCAAUAAAACCCCAUUCAUAUGUAGUGCCAUUUUAGAAAGGAAAACCACUUUUGGACUACUACUUGGAUGAUGUCACUCCAGUGGGAUGGGAUGGAUGAGCUAAAUAGCUUGAUUCAUCUUCUGAGUUAUGUACCAUAACAAGACUCUCUGCUGCUUUGUCAGUGCUCUAAAAUACUGUAAUUUAUAAUGCUUCUAAGGCAAUGAGUCGGUGUUUUCAAGAUGUUCAGCAGGAAGCCAGAAAUGUGAAUUAAUCUAGCAUUCCAUAUAGUGUUAGAACUAACUGCUCAUUUUCCUAUUUCCUUACUGACUCAUUCUUUGUAUUUACUUGGACAGUAACAGAAGAUCAAGCGAAUGAGCAAGGACAGAACAUGUUCUCUAUGCACAGCGCAUUAGAUUUAGUAACCUUAGGUUUACUGAAACACUCGUGAGUCAAAAUUUUAGACACUGCAGUAGAAGAAGACUUAGCUGUGAUUUCUCCCCAUUGUAUUUAAUACAGUUUUCCGUAUAAAAAGGCAGAUUACCCGUGUUCUUCCCUUACGCUUGUAACUCGGUGUUUUGUAUAAUACCUGCACUUGUUCUUCUAAGACAAAACUUUUAUCGCGAGACGUUGAUCAUCUUCUUCCUCCAGAACAGUGAAAUUUAAAGCACAAAUAGGCCUAUCGCUAUUUGGGCAGGAAAAAUAUGUACAAUGCAAGAUAUAUAAAAUGUGAGUAUACACAAUGCAUAUACAGUGUACAUUGAGAUCCAUAUUAUUUGUGUCUAUGUGUGUAUAUAUAUAUAGUGUAUUGUAUAAUGUAAUAAUAGUGUGUGUAUAUACUAUAUACGUCCACAUACUAUGUCUAGUAUAUAGUUACUUGUGCUGUACAUAAAAUGUGUAUAUACAAUGAAUAUGUAGAAUAUGCAUAUAUAUUCUAUAUAUUAAAGCUCAUGUGUAUGUAUGUAUUCUCUAAACAGAGAUGGAUACAGAAAUGCAAUUUUUACAGAAAUGCAGAUUAGAUCAUGGCUCUUAGAAUUUCAAAGUUCUGGUGAAAGAAAAAAAAAAAGGAGAAAUGACGACUUCUAAUAAAUUUGUUUCAAGAUUCCUGUCAUUGGCAUGAAAACCUGUGUUCACUAGCUGUGCCAAGUGUGAGAGAGAAACCUGGCAGAAAGGAGGUAUCAUCUGCACUCAAUGUGAUUUCACAUUCUUUUGAGUUUUUAAAGUGUCUUUUUGAAAUGUAGACUCAAUUUCUGAUUUCUUGCACGUGAUGGUCAUGUGGUGUCAUCUUUUUUUCUCUAGGCUGAGGCAAUGAUUUUUCUCCUACAUUUGCUUGUAGUUUCACUACUA